AUGUCCCGCGGUAUCCCAACCGUUGCCGACCCGGUAUGGGACCGGAUUCCAGACGAUGCUCUAGAUGAUUAUUCUAAGAAAGACUCAUCUCUUUCUUACGCGGAGCUUAAGAAUGACAGCCCCUGGGGAUUUGUGGUGUAUCGCUGUUCUUACCGCGACAACUCGCAAUGGCAGCGAAUGGUGCGGCUCAUUACAUCUAGUGUAGAGGAAUCCCUCACGCUUAACAGACGGAUUGACCUCCUGAGCCGCCACCGUCUCACUAUCAUGGACGACGCAACUCGCGAGCAACGAAAAUCCCCUGUGAACGGCGGAGAGAGCUCGAUCGACGUGGAGAUGACGCUCGGGACACGGUACAACUUCUGCCUAUUUGUCGAUGACAUCGCUCUCGAGUCAUUAGAUCGAAUGAGCUUGCCAACUAUCAAAUUGCUGUGUCGGUUUUUUGGAAUCCGCGGACCUGAUGAGCGGGAUUAUGUUGUACAUCCGGACUACGAGGAUGGCGAGACGGCGGAAGAGCACGAGGAUGUAGGCUGGAUGUACACCUGUGUGGUGGAUUACUGUGAUAUCUAUACACGGCUUGUGGAAUCGAGUGAUUGGUAUGAGGAAUAUUGCCGUCCCCCUUGGUUGAAGUUUUGUGAUGAGGAUGAGUUCCCUGGCUUUUGGAGAAAGAAGGGGUCAAAAGCAAAGGCAUAG